CUUAGUUGUCAAAAUUUUGUCUAUGUAUGCUCCUCGCUUGGAACUUGCCUUGGUAUCGAAAUGGAAAGAGCGGUGUAAUAGUUAUAGUUUUUGUAGGUUUUCUUGUAAUUGUGUAAAGACAAAAUAAAUGGUGUAAUCUUGAAACUUCUUGAAGCGAUCCUUGUAGGACAUGGCGUCAACCGGCAGCACACCCUUUCCUAAAUGGCAACUGGCCAUCCUUCUCGGCGCACCUUUGGCCAUCGGCUUAGGUUACCUUUAUCUAAGAAAUAGAUUAGAGGAUCCGGAAAAGAAAAAAGUCGCUGAGCUAAAAGCCAAGACUACAAUUUCACUAGACAAUGACGAGAACAAUGUGAAAGCCGCCGAAAGCGCUAUCGACCGCGCCAUGAAACUGAAAGGUGCAGGAAACCGAGCUUUCCACGCAGGCGAAUACGAUAAGGCGAUCUCGCUGUAUAACGAAGCCAUUGAGUCGUGUCCGCCCGACCGGCCUGUGGAUCUUGCCACGUUCUACCAGAACCGCUCCGCAUGCUACGAAAAGCGCGAGAUGUGGGAGCAGGUGAAGGAGGACUGCACCUUCGCGCUGAAGCUCAACGAGAAGUACGUCAAGGCGUUCUUACGGCGCUCCCGCGCGGCCGAGAAGAGCGGCGACCUUGUCCUCGCCCUAGAGGAUGUCACUUCUGCCUGCAUCCUAGAAAGGUUCCAAGUGCAAAGCUCCCUAGUCAACGCCGACCGCAUCCUAAAAGCGCUAGGCCGCCAGCACGCACGCGAGGCGCUGGCACGGCGGCACCCCGUCAUGCCGUCCAAGCAUUUUAUCAAAACAUACUUCUCUGCCUUCUCUGAGGACCCUAUUGCCAAGAUCCAAUUGGACGACAAGGCAACCGGUGGCUUUGCGAAAGCAAAACAAGCUCUUGAUGCCCAGGAUUAUGAUUCAAUCGUAGAUGCAUGCACUGCAGAGUUGCAGGCAGAUGGAAAGUAUAAAAAUGAGGCACUGCUUCUGCGAGCUACCUUCUAUUUGUUGUUGGGCCGCCAUGAGGAGGCUCAGGCUGAUCUUGGCAAGGUGAUUGACAGUGAUGCUUCAAUUAAGGUGAAAGUGAAUGCUCUGAUCAAGAGGGCCUCUCUGUACACUCAGCUGGAAAACACAGAACGCUGCUUGGAAGAUUUUGCCAAGGCUGCGCAACUGGAUCCUAAUAACUCAGACAUCUACCACCACCGAGGCCAAGUGUACCUGCUGCUGGAGCGCAUGGACGAGGCCACUGCUGAGUUUGCUAAAGCCGUCCAACUAAACCCCGACUUCUCCAUUGCUUAUAUUCAGAAAUGCUAUGCUGACUACAGACAUGCCCAGUUGAGCAAGAAUGUGGGUGCUCUGACGCAGGUCCGGGCAGACUUUGAACGUGCACUGGAGAGGUUCCCGAAAUGUGCUGAAGCCUACAUCCUGUUUGCUCAAGUCUUGUCAGACCAGCAAGAAUGGGGUCGAGCGGAAUCCCUGUUUGACUCGGCGCUAACUGUGGACCCUCACAAUGCCACACUGUAUGUGCAUAAGGGGUUGGUGCAGUUACAGAAGAGCACAGACUUCGACAAGGCUGUCAAACUUAUUAACAAAGCUAUUGAAAUGGAUGACAAAUGUGAUUUUGCUUAUGAAACACUGGGUACCAUUGAAGUUCAAAGGGGUAACCUAAAACGAUCACUCGAGUUGUUUGAGAAGGCAAUCGCGCUAGCGAAAACUGAGCUGGAGAUGACACACCUGUUCUCGCUGAAGGACGCCGCCGCCGCGCAGCUCAAGGUGUCCGAGCGCUGGGGGCUCGACUGGACCGUUAGCUAGGCACCCCGCAUACUACAAGGCAUUUGCCAAGUGAGAUUGGCCCUACAUACUUUGUUUUAGACGACAAUUUUAUUUAAAAUCUGCCAUUUUUUUGUGAAAACAGUACUUAAAGUUUGCAAGCUUGUUUUGAAAAAUUUACUUCAGUAUAACAGAUUUUUAACUUAUGGCCAAGUCUCGGAUUCAGCGGCCCGCCGCGUCGCCGCCGCCUGCUUACGUAUAGUACGGUGUUACUAUGCUCUACUCUAAGCCGCUUUCCUCAGUUGCCAUUAGCUCGUAAAUGUUAGUUGCACUUUAAUAUAUAUCGAACUUCGUAUCACAAAUUGUUAUGGACAAGAAUGUUUGAUGAAUGAUGAAGUUAGAGGUAAGAUAUUUUUGGAAUGUAAUUUAAUUUGAAUUUCAAUUCUUUAAAUGACCUCUUAUUAGGCCCAUAUUAGGAACUUCAAUGUGUAAUUACAAUCUUGUAUAAAUUUGUUUAUGGGUAGUACAGGGAGCCGCACUGCACUUUGUUGUGUAGUUCAAUAAUUAGCCAAUAUUUCGAGCUUCAUAAGAAGCAGAACAGAGUACAAUUGUAGCUAGCUAGUGCGGCCCACGUGUACGUGUAUCCCCCUCUGUUUUAAUUACACUUCAUAUUGAAGUUGUCACUGAAUUUUACUUGGAAAUUAAAUGUACCUAUUGUUAAAUUAUGUAGUGAUUAUCUUGCAUUUAAAAUAUAACUAUAUUUUGCGUCUGUAGGUAACUAACAAAAUACUGUAUGUAUAUAAGACAAAUUUAGAAUGAAAGACUACCUUGAAUGGUAGUGGUAAAUAUCUCGAACACCAGACAUUACACGGCAAUAAAGGAUGACUUAUCGCAUGUCAUGGCUUUUGUACAUAUUUAUCUAUGUUUUUUAUUAGGUAUGCUGCAAAUAUAUUCUUGUGUAAUACAGAUACAUAAUACAUAUAUAUUUGUGAUACAUUCAUUCGAGAAAAUUAUUGAAACCAAUUGUGUAUGUUUUUGCAGUUUCAAUAGUUGAUUGAUAUAAAUAAUUAAUAUUAAAGCUGUUUGAAUUCACAAAUUUAACUAACGAUUUAAUUAUAAAGUGGCUUCACUAGCAACAUACCCCGCUAAAUAUGUAUUAUAUUUUAUAUACAUCAUUUUCAGAGUAUAUGUUGUACAUAUACUCUGAAAAUGGUGGACAAAUAAUGUUGAUGAGUGAUGAUGACUUCAUUUCACGUGGCACUCGUAACACUUGUUCAAGUUGAGUGAAGUAAAUAGUUAUGUACAUACCUACUUCGGCACGACAGCUCGAUACCAAUUUACUGACAUUUUAAUUAUAUAAACGUGCUAGAAAUAACUUUGCUACAUAUAUUUUGAAAAGUCAUUUUAAUUAUUAAAUUAUAGUUUGUUGUGCAGUGCAGUGGUAACAAUUAGAUGUUUUGAGCUUAAUUAACUGUGCUCGUUUCAACUGCCAUUGUUUUGUUUUGGUAAAUGAUACAUCACAGGUUCGGCGGAGCGCUCGGGGUAGGGGAGGUGCGGAGGAGGAGCGGCGCAGCCAUCGGCAGCCGCGAGCAGGCCGGGGGCGGGGCUUGCAAUAAACACAUAAUGUUAUGCCUAUUAUCUUAGAUUCACAAUGACGGCAGAUGUUUUGGAUGCACCCCUUUAUUUUACCAGUUAGGUAGAUCGUAAAAUUAGAACUGCUCGCGGAUGUUUGUACGAGUUGUUACCUCACCGAUAGUGGAUAGAUUAAAUUUAUGAAAAAUACGAAAUACAUUAUUCGAAACGAUUAAA